CACAACAUCAUCGCAUCAACCCGUUUUCAAUGUCGGUGGCCGACAACGAUGGUCCCCAGGCCACCAACGGCCGCGGUUCGCCUGACAGACAGACCCCAGAGCCUCGUCAACUACCCGACGAUGUGCUGCACUUGUUCUGCGCCGAGCUUGCGCAUCAAAGGGACUUUGACAGCUUAUUUCAGUGCGCUCUCGUAGGCAAAUGUCUGGCCCUACCAGCCUUGACAUACCUGUAUCGCUGCCAUCAUUUGUCCCCGGUGCGCGACGGAGGAAGCGAAGCUGUUGCGCUGUCACAACAGGCACUCAUGGUGCAGAAAUGGUCAAUCAUGUGGCGUUCAAUUAUCGCAUCUGGCCUUGAUAUGACUCUGUUCCCUUAUUGUAGGUACAUUAAGGUCUUAAACCUCAGAGACCUUCAGUACCUCCUCGAGGAUGACAAAUUCCGAGGCGCUCUGACUACAAAGUUCUUCGCGGGAGGUAUGUCACGAUUCAAGGUCAUGAUUGAAUUCCCUCCCAAGCGGGGCGCGAAGAAGCGGCCAGCUCGUCUUGAUAUCAACACUGCUAUAAAUGCCAUCGGAGAAGUCCUGACGCAGCAUACUCCUACGCUCGAGCAGAUUUCAGGAAACAUCCAAUCCAGUGCACUCAUCAACUGGGCCCCCAGACUUCCUCGUCUGAAAUCUCUCGAGCUAUGGCAAGGCCAAACCCUUGCGGAAAGCCAAGCUCAGGCUGCCAUCCACGAGAACUGUCCCCAGUUUGACGCACUCAGUUUUUACACCUGGGAAGGCGAAGAUGUCGAUGAAAAACUCUCUGGUUUCAUCGGAGGCAUGAAGCCGCAUCAACUCCGAUACUUCGAAGUCAUCAGUCGUUCAAACGUCGGCGCUGAAACCUGCCUAUCAUUAAAUACCCAGGGUGAAUCCCUUAAAACUCUCAAAUUGGCGCUAAAGACCAGCGCUCUUGAGCAUCUCUCUCUGCUAAAGAGUUGCACGGCGCUUGAGACGCUUGAAUUGGAGCAUAUAGACGUAUCGACGCACCCGACUGAUUUGGAAAAGACUCAGAACGACGUCUAUCAUGACAUGGGAGAAUGGUUGCGAGCAUGCAAAAGCUUGACUAGUUUGCAUUUCACCGGCUUCCCAUCUGCUCCACCGCUCGUCACUCCUCUGCUUCUCGACAAUGAUACCAACCUUUGUAGCCUGAAAGUUGAUUGGUACGCCGCUGCUGCGCACCGAGACUUCCAUAGAGCUUUGGCGCAUCAGCCAAAGCUGCAGAGCCUCUCCCUCAGCGGAAUGCCCGAGACUAUGGGACGAGAUGAUGUCGACACCCUCAUCGAGUCAUUGAUCCAGCUCAAAGAAUUGCGGGAGCUGAAGCUUACAGGAGUCUCGGACUACUUUAACGACGAACACAUCAUCUCUCUAGCGGAAAACUUACAGCACCUAGAAGAAGUCUACUUCACUGGACUUUCUGUGGGUGAUGCCAUUCUACCACAAGUUUCAACACUCAAAAACCUUCGGCGCAUUGACAUCGCUGCCAUGAGCUCUUUCACCGCGGACGGGCUGUUGGGUUUUGCUUCGAAGCUUGGGCCUGGCAAUAAAGGCAUCAUUGUCUCAGUUGAUGCAGCAGACAUGAACACAAUGCUGGCCACUGAAGAAAUUGGAGUUGUGCGAGAUGUAUUGCUGGAAAAUGUUGACGGCAGAUUGGAAUAUCAACCUUGGAGAGAUCCCGAAGUAUCCGAUUUCGAGGCUUCCGAUUCGGAGUAAUGUGCGAUUUGAAAAUUUUAAAGCUCGUUUCGUUUCUUUGAAAUGUUCGAAUAAUGAGACCACGGGAUAAUUGUGAGCAAAGCAUAUUCUUGGCCAUUGUUUCCUCUAGCCAUAGGAGGUACUCCGUACAAGAGUCUCUGACCGGGGUUUAUUGAGACAUUUGUCACCGGCUGUCAGGCGCCAAUGACGUUUAGUUCGCUUGCUUAGUGGGGAUCCUGCAAAUAGCUACUCUCUACCUACGGGCAAUAGUAUUCUUAACAACAAAACCAACCUUUAUCGC